AUGGCACGCAUCCUCAGCUGCCUGCUCCUUCUCUUCGCCUGCCUCGGCACUUCGAUUCAAGCAAACGACCAAGCCGUCUCGCAAUGGCCACUUCAAGACAAUGGACUAAACAAAGUUGUUGAAUGGGACCAUUACAGUUUCCAAAUCAACAGUCAACGCAUCUUCAUCUUUUCCGGCGAAUUCCACUAUUGGCGCAUCCCAGUCCCGGAACUAUGGCGCGACAUUCUGGAGAAGAUCAAAGCAGCAGGCUUCACAGCCUUCGCCUUCUACUCCAGCUGGGCCUAUCACGCCCCAAAUAACGCAACAAUUGACUUCACCACCGGAGCCCGCGAUAUCACUCCCAUCUUCGAACUCGCCAAAGAAAUUGGCCUCUACAUUAUCGUGCGCCCAGGUCCUUAUGUCAAUGCCGAAGCCAGUGCUGGCGGUUUCCCAUUGUGGUUGACAACCGGCGAUUACGGCACCUUGCGCAACAAUGAUACUCGCUAUACGAAGGCGUGGACGCCUUACUUCACCAAAAUGUCGGAGAUCACUAGUAAAUACCAGGUUACUGACGGCCAAAACUCGAUUGUUUACCAGAUUGAGAAUGAGUUUGGAGAACAAUGGGAGACUAGUGCAUCUCUGCGCGUGCCUAAUGAAGUUGCUAUUAAUUAUAUGGAGUUGUUGGAAGCCAAUGCUCGUGCUAAUGGUAUUAACGUACCUCUGACGGCAAAUGAUCCCAAUAUGAACUCCCACUCGUGGGGAAGUGACUGGUCAAAUGAGGGUGGCAAUGUUGAUGUGGCCGGCGUGGAUUCUUAUCCUUCGUGCUGGACCUGCGAUCUCAGCCAAUGUACCUCUACCAAUGGCGCAUAUGUCCCCUUCCAAGUGAUGGACUACUACAGUUACUUUGAAGAAUCCCAGCCCAACAUGCCGGGCUUCAUGCCCGAGUUCCAAGGCGGCUCCUAUAACCCUUGGGGCGGACCGGAAGGCGGCUGCCCAGAAGAUAUCGGCGAUGAUUUCGCUAACCUCUUCUACCGAUGGAACAUCGGCCAACGCGUCACAGCUAUGAGUCUUUACAUGCUGUUUGGAGGAACGAAUUGGGGAGCCAUUGCUGCGCCUGUCACUGCCAGCAGCUACGACUACUCCGCACCCAUCUCCGAGGACCGCUCCAUCGGCUCUAAGUACCAUGAGACCAAAUUGCUCGCUCUGUUUACUCGUGCUGCGCGCGAUCUUACCAUGACCGAUCUCAUCGGCAAUGGAACCCAGUAUACGGACAACGCUGCUAUCAAGGCCUUUGAGCUGAGGAACCCAGAGACCAAUGCUGGCUUCUAUGCUACUUUCCAUACUAACACUUCCAUCGCGACGAACGAGGCGUUCCAUCUGAAAGUUAAUACAUCUGCUGGAUUAUUGACUAUUCCGAAACAUGCUUCCUCUAUUCGUCUGAAUGGUCACCAGUCAAAGAUUAUUGUUACGGAUUUCACUUUUGGGGAGAAGAAGUUGCUGUACUCUACCGCCGAAGUGUUGACAUAUGCCGUGUUUGACAAGGCUCCUACACUUGUGCUCUGGGUUCCUACAGGCGAGUCGGCUGAGUUCUCUAUCAAGGGCGCGAAGAGUGGCUCUGUUAAAAACUGCCAGGGUUGCUCGAGUGUUCAGUUCUAUAAGGAGAAUGGUGGUUUGACGACUUCGCUUACUCAGGGAAAGGGGUCGACUGUUCUAGACGUUGAUGGUGUUCGCGUUGUUGUGCUUGAUCGGUCGUCUGCUUAUGCAUUCUGGGCUCCUGCUCUCACUGAUGAUCCAUUCGUCCCAGAGACGGAGGCGGUUCUUGUUCGAGGUCCUUACCUUGUCCGUGGCGCCAAGUUGACUGGUAGCAAGCUUGCUAUCACGGGCGACAUUAUCAAUGCGACUACACUGGAGGUGUUUGCGCCCAAGGCUGUCAAAUCUAUCACUUGGAAUGGAAAGGCCGUCAAGACGAAGUCGACUGAGUACGGCAGUUUCCAGGCCUCUCUUGAUGCACCAAAGUCAAUCAAAUUGCCAUCAUUCUCCUCGUGGAAGGCAAGUGACAGUCUGCCUGAGCGUUUUGCUGACUAUGAUGAUUCUGGUGCGGCUUGGGUUGAUGCCAACCACAUGACCACUUUGAACCCUAGAACUCCCACCUACUUGCCUGUUCUAUACGCAGACCAAUACGGCUUCCACAACGGUGUCCGUCUCUGGCGUGGGUACUUCAACGGAACGGCAACCGGGGCAUUCAUUAAUGUGCAAGGAGGAUCCGCUUUCGGCUGGUCAGCCUGGCUCAAUGGCGACUUCGUCGGUUCAUACCUCGGCGAUGCCAACACCGCCCAAGCAAACCUGACUCUCUCCUUUGCCAACGCCACUCUCAGCAGCACAUCCCCCAACGUCCUGCUCAUCGUCCACGACGACACCGGUCAUGACGAGACAACCGGAGCCCUGAACCCCCGCGGCAUCUUUGACGCCAGCCUCCAGGGCUCCACAUCUGGCUUCACCCACUGGCGCCUGGCAGGCACAGCAGGUGGUGAAUCAAACCUCGACCCAGUCCGCGGUGUCUUUAACGAGGAUGGUCUCUACGGCGAGCGCGUCGGAUGGCAUCUACCUGGCUUCGAUGAUUCGGCUUGGAAGACAGCUUCUUCCAGCAAGAGCAGCCAGGGAAAGAGUCUCCUCUCUUUCCAAGGCGCCACAGUUCGCUUCUUCCGCACUACAAUUGACCUCUCCCUCCCCAGUGAACAUGAUAUCUCGAUUUCAUUCGUUCUCUCCACGCCAUCCGGAACGACAAACUCAUACCGUGCUCAGUUGUUCAUUAACGGUUACCAGUAUGGUCGUUAUAACCCCCACAUUGGAAACCAGGUGGUUUACCCGGUUCCUGUUGGUAUCUUGGAUUAUACUGGAGAGAACACCAUUGCUGUCGCGGUUUGGGCGCAGAGUGAGGAGGGCGCUAGUAUUGGCGUCGAGUGGCGGGUUGAUUAUGCCGCGGAGAGUUCGUUGGAUGUUGCUUCUUUCAAAACCGGGGCACUGAGACCUGGGUGGAGUGAGGAAAGGAAGAAGUAUGUUUGA